AUGUCAGCGACAAAUAUGUCAGAUGACAAAACAAAAACUACUGAAAAGGACUUUGACCGUGUCUCCUUCAGUCAAGACAAUACAGUCAACAACCCAAAUGGGAUUCAAUUACCUGUGGGCUUCGAGAUUCUAGAGCCAUCAUUCACCGUAGCUGAACUUCUCCACUCAAAAGAUAUCAUUGCCUCGCCAACCUCUAUCCUAAAGAUCCCCCAUUUACAAUCGCCAUUUAGUUGGUCACACCGGAAGAAGAUCACAAUCCUUUCUGGGGCUUUCAUGGCAUCGACACUAGCAUCAUACUCCGCUGGUGCAUAUGCAAUGGCCUCAGAGCCUUUACGAAACAAAUGGAACAUCGGCGACACACAGUUCAACGCUGGCAUCACACUCUUUGUCACGGGGUUUGCCAUUGCGCCGAUGGUACUUGCCCCGGUCAGCGAAGUACACGGUCGUUACUGGGUAUUUGUCGGAUCAGGAAUUGUAUUCUUCCUUGGAAGCUUGGGGUGCGCCGUGACAGAAAGCUUUGCCGGGAUGAUGGUAGCCCGUCUGAUCACGGGCAAUGGCGCCGCUGUUUUUGCAACGCUCACUGGAGGUGUCGUAAGCGACCUUUACCGAAAAGAGGACCGUAACACUCCAAUGGCCUUGUACUCACUUUCUAUCAUGAUCGGGACUGGGCUGGGACCUCUGGUUAGUGGUGCCAUCGUUGAUCGUCUGGGAUGGAGGUGGAUCUUCUAUCUUCAGCUCAUCACCAUUGGGACUGCAACUCUCAUCAUAUUCUUCCUUUUUCAAGAAACACGAAGCAAUGUAUUACUGAGGAGAAAGUGCAUCGCACUAAACAGCAUUGAGACAAAGACACCAAAUGGAAUAAUGGUGAGCUUUUGUCCAUCGGUCGAAGAGAACUUACAUGUCGAUAUUGGUAUAUUAUGGCGAAGUCUCGCAUUUCCACUGCGUCUGCUGGUUACAGAAUCUAUCUUGUUCUGGUUCUCACUAUGGGUAUCUUUUGCUUGGGCAAUUUUAUACAUGCAGUUCAGCAGCAUUGGACUCGUCUUUCGAAGUGUUUACGGGUUUGAUAGUACUCAAGUUGGAGCAGUCUACGCGGCAGUUGUUGUUGGGUCUAUUUUGAGUAUUGUUCUGGCCGUCAUACAGGGACCUCUCACCCGUUGGAUAUUACCUCAUAAAACGUCGCCUACCACACCCGAGCAACGGCUACUUUCCCCGUGCGUUCAAUCCAUUCUCUUGCCCAUCGGAUUAUUCUGGUUCUUCAUGUCUUCGAGGUCUGACCAUCUAUCUGGCGGUCUUUAA